GAGCACCUAUAUAUUUAUGUCGAAGCUCAACAAAACAACAGAUUAAAGAUGGAGAACUACGAGUACGCUGUGUUUUUUGAGGCAGAGAAUCUCUCUGAUGCAGAACUAAGACAAAUGGAAAAGUAUUUUAAAAUCAAGAGAAGGUCUGGAGGGGGAGAGUGUAAGAUCAACAAAGUGGGUGACACCACUUACAUGACAAGUUUUAUGGAAAAAGAAGCCCAGGAAAGAGUACUAGAACGAAAGGAUCACGUCAUUAAAACAGAAGGACAAGAGGAGAUCCAUGUUUUAUUGAGGUGUGAAAAUGUUGCUGAAAGCAGCAAACAAUCUAAAGAAUCUCCAAAUCAGAAAUGUGCAAGUGCAAAAAGUGUGGAAAAGGUUUUUAAACUGGACCAUUAUCUACUACGCUUCCUCAGUGAAUGUAAAAAGCCACAUUCAGAUUUGGAAAAACAUCUCUCUAUGAUCUCCAGCACCUUCAAGAUCAACAUUGACUCUGAAGAGUUGGUGGUGGUAAGGGACCCGGGAGCUGAAGAUGUUUAUCCCCUGAAGAAAUGGGAAUUUGCAGUGGACGAAGCGUUUGAGACUCUAAAGUCACGCUAUAUCAUCCACUUCGAGGUUGAAAGUGACAAAUCUGCGAUUCUAGAAGAAAACUCUUUCCUUCAAAGUGAUAACUUAAAAAUCUAUUUUGAAGAACUAACAUGUUUAGCUGUGGUGGUUGGAGAACAAAGAGAAGUGGAGAAGAUUUUAAAAUUUCUAAGCGGCUUGCAGAACAAACAGCAGGUUCAAAAAGAGUGUUGCGUGUCUGAGAAACAAUUUAGCCUCAUCAAAGAGGAGUUUGAGCCAUACAUAAAAUCUAAUUUACCUGCGCUUAAGAUCACACAGGAACGAGCAGGCGUUCUACUAAAGGGUCCCGAGAAAGAGGUCCAUGCAGGUGAAAAUGAGCUUUUAAAAUUAGCAAAAGGAAUCAAAGAGAAGAGGAUCCCAUCACAUCAUCCUCUUAUGACCUUUUUGGAAUCAAGUGGCGGUAUACAGCACUUCCAAAACCGAUUUCAGCAGAGCCUCCGCAGCCCAGUUAUGCUCGAGACUUCAGGUUCAGAUGUUCUUCUGUUGAGUCUGUCUGAUGGAGCUCUAGAGGAGGCAGCUGCUGCCGUGCAGAGAGACUUGUGUUUGGAGACUGUGCGCCUGGACAAUACUCAGAAAUCUUCUGCAUUUACUAAGCUGAAGGAGGAUUUGAGCGAAGCCGUCAAGCAGGCCAAUCACAAAAGUGUUAAAGUGGAGCUUAAAUACCAGGAUGAAUCAACUUCUGACCCCAAGGUUCAACUUGUGGGCUACACACCUGAAGUCAGUAUGCUGAAGAACAUUGUGCUGGUAUACAAAAGAAACCAUCAGAUCCAUCAUGCAUCCCUUCCUCUUCCCAGUCCAGAGAUGGCAGAGCACUUCUCUGAGAUCUUGGCAAUUGGCGGCAUGAAGAAGAGCAGUGUGGAAAUAAAGCCAACAAGUUCACCUUCCCCAUGCGUCCACCUCACGGGACCUCGCUGUGAAGUUGAGAGCUUGAAGGACAGCCUUGAGUCAUGCCUUCAGAGGCUUGCCACUAAACGAUGUGAGGUGAAAGGACCUGGAGUUCAACAGUUUUUUCAAAGUGAAGGUGCAAGGAUCUUGCAAUUGGUGAAGAAUUCUUAUAUGGUUGGGAUACUGCCUAUAGAUGAUAAGCAGAAAAGAGGUAAAGAACCCAAAUACAUGAGCAGUCUCAAUCUUCAGAGCUCACCAUUUACGUCUGCAGCUUCCCAAGACUCUCUGGACUCUGACAAAGAGAUAGACAUUAAAGUUGUGGUUGGUAGCCUUGAACAACAGCAGGCAGAUGUGUUUGUUGCUCCGAUGAUUCAAACAAACAUGACCUCAACCUUGAUUGGAUCAUCCCUGUUGAAUAAAGCAGGACAGCAGCUUCAAAAUAACUUCAACAAUGCAAAGGGAAAGCACAAGCUUAAGCCUGGAGAUGUGCUGGAGGUGGACGCGACGCCAGCAUUGGGAUGCUCCAUGGUUUUCUUUGUGGAAUGUGUGCCGAAAGGAAACAAGCACAAAAGCAAAAAGGCGCUUCGCUCUGGACUUUGCAGAGUUUUUGAGCUGUGUAAGCAGAACUGUUGGGAAUCUGUUGCAUUGCCAGUAAUCGGACCUGGCAUAGUGCUGUCAAUACCGAUCAAAGACUCUGUUAAUAUUCUUACUCAUGAGAUCUGCAAAUUUUUAUCUGGACCCACUGGUUGCCUGGACACCAUUUGUAUCACAAUAAUGGCUAAUUAUGCUCAUUCUGAAGAGCUGUUCCAGACAGUCUGUGGGAAUCUGAGUGCAAAAAUGGUGGACAACACAGGGGAAGCUCUGUUUCAGUCACUGACCUCUGACCUUGAUGAGAUCAUCAUGCCAGUAGAUGGGAUUGAACUCCAUCUAGUGUUUGGAGACAUCACUAAUGAGACUACUGAUGCCAUCGUGAACACCACUGACUUUAAGGACUUCCAGACAGCUGGAGUAUGUAAGAACAUCCUUACUAAGGCAGGACCUCAAAUCCAGGCUCAACUGACAGGCGCUCGGGCAGCGAGCGGGCAGAUCUUCACGACCCCACCAGGAGGCUUCCCCUGUAAGACCAUCAUGCAUGUUUGUGGAGAGAGAAACCCUGAUGUUAUCAAGACCUUGGCAAAAGAAAUAGUGGUUCAAUGUGAGCAUGGCUGCUACAGGUCUGUGGCCAUUCCUGCGAUCUGCGCUGGACAAGGAGGUUUGGAUCCAAAUAUGGUGGCCAAGUCCAUUCUAGAGGGAGUAAAGGAAGGUGUUCAAGGAGCGCAUCUUCAACAUCUCAAAAACAUUCGGAUCAUUCUGCUGAAGAUUAAUGUUUUUCUGGCAUUCAAAGCGACAUCAAAGCAAAUUUUUGGCGGUAGUACACAGUUGACAGCUCCUGCACCACUUGUACUUACCAGUGUAACCACCAGAGGGCGCAGUGCAACCAGUAUCAGGCACAGUGGAUCAACUAGAUUAAGCAGAUCACAUUCCUUACCCUUACCAGUCGCUUUGGACUUGAGUUCUCUAGUGACAUCUUUGCCUGACACAGAGAGCACAGCAGCAUUUCUAAUCAUUGGUCACACCAAUAAUGAUGUUUCUGAUGCCUGCAGAGAUCUUCAGCAGGCAUAUAAGGACCAGUGCUCCACACACACUUUCUUUCCUGAUGAGAUUGAAAGCCUCACUCAAGAGGAGAUGGACCAGCUGCUCUCUAAAGUGAAUUCACUGCACCUGCAGAUAGAACAGAACAGUUCUGAAGGAUGGGUAGUUAAAGGGCAGAGGAACGGAGUGAAUGAGGUGGUUAGACUGAUACAAGAUGCACUUCGCAGACAGGUAAGAGAGAAGGACCAGACCUUCCUCUUCAGUCAGGUCACGUGGUGCAUUCUGGGACCACGGGGCAUUUGGCAGAAGGUACCAAAAGACGUGAAUUAUAAGCUUGAGAAAAGAGAUGUAAAAGAUGGAAUUGAGGAUGCACAGGGUGUGAAAUGGACUGUGGAUUUGCAAAAGAUGGAGGCCACAUCAUGUGAUUCAGGACAGGUGACCGCUCUCAAACGACUGGAGAACCCUUCAGAUUUGUCUUUGCCAAUCUACUGGGACAACAUGAGUCAGAGUGACCUCUUAAAGGUGAUUGUCUUAGAUCCGUCAUCUACAGAGUACAAGACUGUGAAGAUGGACUUCAAGAAGACAGUCAGAAAAACCGUGCUCAAGAUCGAGCGCAUCCAGAACAUGAAUCUUCGGCGGUUAUACGAGGCACGUAAAAAAGAGCUGGAGAACAGAAAUGGUCUAAUUGUGGGAGCAGGAGAGAAGAUCCUUUAUCACGGCACAUCAGAGGCGUCCUGCUCAUCCAUCAUGAAGUCAAACUUUAAUCGCAAUUUUGCAGGGCAAAAUGCCACCGUCUACGGGCAUGGGACGUACUUCGCUGUGAACGCCAGCUACUCUGCCGAUCCUACCUAUGCAGUUCCUGCAGCAGACGGGACUCAGCUCAUGUUUGUGGCUCGUGUGCUUACGGGUUAUUACGCUAAGGGUCAGGGGGACAUGAGGACGCCCCCUGAGCGCGUGGCGCCUGACCUCUAUGACAGCGUGGUGGAUGAUACGCAGAAUCCCUCCAUGUUUGUGGUUUUCCACGACUGCCAGGCUUAUCCUGACUACCUCAUCACAUUCAAAUGAACUUGUGCAAAAACCAACCCUGGUUUUAAAAUCCAUCUUACAUUAAAAUGUAAUCAUUUAGGGGACACUGUUAUGUAGAGGGUUUGAUUUAGUUAGUUACCGCAUACCUUUUUAUGCUUUAUGCCACAACUAACUAGUGCUCAGCAGAUAUGAGUGUUUAAGUAACCAGUAUAAUUCAGAUUAGGAAGUUUUAUGAUAGCAAAUAAAAAUGAGUGUUUUUCAGGAAAUCUUGAAAUUUACAAGAAUUUAUGAGCAGAAAGUGUGCAAUAUCAACUGGUAAAGCGGUCUGUAAAUUGACAGUAUGAUAUUAAAUACUUGUGUGAGUUGCACAUGGUUAAAGUCUGACAGAGAAAGAUUAAUCUGUCUCUUGUGCAAACAACAGAAGUGACAUGCAACUAUGAUAUUUAGCUUCAGGGCGAUCGAUUCAUCGCUCCACGAUAAAAACAGGGGCUUUUAAAUGUGAUUUGGUCGUAUUCCAAUACUUCCUUCUCAGUUCCCAUGUCUGCUUCAGGCUCCUUGCUGUCAUGAAGAAACAAUUUGGCAUUGUUUUGUAUGAAAUGUAGGAGUUUGCGCAAUUUGCCGACACAGCUAUGCAAUUCUUUCAAACAUCAACAGGAAGUACUUCAGAGAAAGCAAUAAGACCUGUUUAUAUUGCAACAAAAAAUAGUUGUUAUUGUAUUAUUUGGCUUAAUUUCUACUUUAUCUGAAAAUAAUUUAGCUGCACAUACAGAUCAACCUGUUUUAUUAAGUAUGUUUAUUAGCUAUACUUUAAUAAUUAGGAAAUUUAUGAUAAAAAAUAUUAAAAUCUCUCACUGACUUUCAAAAUGUUUGCAAUUCGAAAUUCAUUUAACAGACGUCAUUGUGAUGUUUGUAUAAUGAAUUGGGAUUGGUUUUUGGUUUCCUGUCCUUAUCACAAGCACUUUGAAUCACCUGUAUUAUACA